AUGACCGAUACCAUGACCGUUACCAUCACCAUUAUCAUUACCAUCACUGUAACCAUCACCGUCAACGUUACCGUCACCGUUACCGUCACCAUUACUAUCACUGUUACCGUUACAAUCACCUUCAUCGUCACUGUCACCGUUAUAAUCACCAUUACCGAUACCGUCACCAUUACUAUCAUCGUUACAGUCAUUGUUAGCGUUACCCUUACCGUCAUUGUUACUGUUACUGUGAUCAUCACCCUUACCGUCAUCAUUUCUGUCAUUGUAACCAUUAUUGUCACCCUUAUCGUUGUUGUUACCAUCAUCAUUACCCUUACUGUCACUGUUACUUUUACUGUCACCGUUGUUGUAACUGUUAUCGUCAACGUCACAGUUACCAUCACCGUUACCAUUACCAUUACUAUUACGGUUGUCGUCACCGUUACUGUUACUGUUAUUGUUACCGUUAUAGUUACUAUCAGCGUUACCAUUAUAGUCAUCGUCACCAUGACCAUUACCAUCUACAAUGUCGUUACCAUUACCGUUACAGUCACCCUUACCGUUACCAUUACAGUCACCAUCACUGUCACCGUUAUUGUGAUCAUCACCGUAACCGUUACUGUCAUCAUAAUCGUUACCAUUACUGUAACUAUUACCAUAACCAUUACCGUCACCUUUACCAUCACAGUCUCCGUUACCAUCUCUGUUACCGUCAUCGUCUCUGUUACCGUCUAUGUUACCGUUACCGUCACCAUCACCGUUACCAUCACUAGCACUAUUACCGUCAUCGUCAUCGUGACUAUCACAAUUACUGUCACCGUUAACAUCAACGUCACUGUUAUCAUCACCAAUACCAUUACUGUUAUAUUUACCGAUGCCAUCAUCGUUACCGUCACCGAUAUCGUUAUCGUUAUUGAUUCUAUUAUCGUCACAGUUCCAUCAGGUUGUCUUCACCGUCACUUUUACCGGUACUGUUAA